GCCCGAGGCAGUGGGGAAUACAAGAGUGAGCCCGGAUUCCCCGCGUCAGACGUCACAACGCGGGGAAAGUAACCAACCGGUGGAGCCGAGAUGUAGCAGUGAGAUACGUUCUGUAUGUAUGGGGAUCUUGGUACGCUUGUUUCCGAGCUUGCUGGGAGAACUGAAAUGAUUGGUGCAGAUGGUAAUAGAUCAAAUGGUGGUGGUUCAAAUCGAUGAUAUUGGAAAGCCACCGUGAUGGGUGUCUCGAAGAGGGAAAGGAGGCGUCUAAGCGUUAGUAGGCUUAGUCGUAGAACGUAUUCAUCUUAUAACGGUGACCUCCCAGUUUCCCCCCGAUGGGGAUACUUUGGUGUUUGAACUAACUUGACAUCUCCAGCUACUGUGAACAUGCCUCUUAAAGUUAUCAUUGCAGGUGCAGGCUUGGGUGGCCUGGGUGCCGCUAUCGCCAUGGCCCGCGCUGGCCACGACGUAGAGGUAUUCGAACAAUCAAGAUUCCUGAACGAAAUCGGUGCCGCUAUUCACAUUGCACCCAACGCAACCAGGGUACUGAAAUCCUGGGAUAUCGACUUCACAGAGCUGCAAGCUGUCUUAUGCAACGCCAUCAAGAUCUACGAUCAUACAGGGAAGCUGAUAUUUGUUCCCGUGAAACUCGAAGAACUUCAAAAGACUAUCGGUACCAAGGAUGAAUGGCUCCUGACACACCGCGUCGACCUGCACAGUACUCUGCUCAAGGCAGCCACCGAAAAGGCAUUUGCGGGAAAGAUCAAUAUUCACACCGCAAGCAAAGUCAUUCACGCAGACGCGGAAACGGGCGAGAUUACUUUAGCAAACGGAGUCAAACACAGAGGCGACCUACUCAUUGGAGCAGACGGCGUCCACUCCAAAGUUGUUUCCGCCGUUGCAGGCAGUCCACCUGUCCGUGUCAGUACAAAACAAAACACGUUUCGAUUCCUGGUACCGAUCGACAAGCUUUUGGCAAACCCAAUCACCGGGCCCUUUUUCGGAAAGCUUGGUUUCGACUGUCAACACGUCUUCACGACAAGGGAUCGGAGAAUGGUGGUUUACCCAUGCCGGAACGCCAAGCUGCUCAACAUCGUCGCCAUGCACCCAGCUGAGGAUGCUGGUCUCGACUCUGAAUCCUCUUGGUUGGCAGGCGGAAGAGUGGAGGAUUUGCUCCAUGUUUACAAGGAAUUUGGACCUGAGCUUAUCGAGAUGUGCAGGAUUGGCGAAGACUUGAAGCUGUGGAGUUUGGCUACGAGAGACCCCCCUACCAAGUUCUACAAGGGCAGAACUGUGCUGCUUGGUGAUGCAGCUCAUCCCAUGCUCCCACAUCAAGGACAAGGCGGAGCGCAAUCAUUUGAAGAUGCAGCAGCUCUUGGAGUCCUGUUUCCUGCCGACACGACGGUGGACGAUGUACCUCGGCGACUGGAACUUUACAACAAGGUCCGCUAUCCACGAUCCGUGACUGUCAUGUUCAUGUCAAAGAUCAACGACGAGAGGCGAGGUGAGAUGAUGGAGGAUCUCCGCAAGUUUGUCCCCGAUGCGGAACUACCUCCCAACAUCUUCCCCUAUUUGUGGAAUAAUUUUGUGCUUGACGAUGCGCAAAAGGCUCUUGCAGCAGCAGCUUGAUCACUACGGUUGAUUAAGGAUAGUGUUCAUAAAAGAAGGAAAUAGAUCCGUGGCAAAUUGAAUCACC